AUGGAUCGUGUUUUACAAACAAUAGCUCUCAUCUUUCUUGGUUGUUGUUCAAAUGUUAUAUUUCUGGAACUUAUUAUUAAACCAUAUCCUGGAAGUGGAAAUAUAGUAACAUUUGCUCAAUUUCUUUUUAUUGCUAUUGAAGGUUUUAUUAAUUAUUAUAAAUGGGGUUCAGUACAACGACAUGUUCCGAUCAAAAAUUAUGCGAUAUUAGUAUUGAUGUUUUUUUUGGUUAAUGUUAUUAAUAAUUAUGCAUUAAAUUUUAAUAUACCAAUGCCAUUACAUAUGAUCUUUCGAUCGGGUUCACUAAUCUCAAAUCUUUUCUUAGGCAUGAUUAUAUUGAAAAGAAGAUAUCCAUUACGUCAAAUAUUUGCAGUACUUUUAAUUACAUUUGGAAUUUUUUUGGCAACAUAUGCAUCUAGUCAAUCAUUAAAUAAACAAAAAUUAGCGAGAAAUAUGGAUAUAAAUGAAACUAAACCUGAUUUUUUAAAAUGGCUUAUUGGUAUUGGAAUGUUAAUUUUUGCUUUACUUGUUUCGUCAUUGAUGGGUAUUUAUCAAGAAAUAAUAAAUACAACCUAUGGCAAACAUGCUGAAGAAGCACUUUUUUAUUUACAUUUUCUACCUUUACCAUUAUUUGCAUUUUUUGGUAAAGAUAUUUAUCAUCAUGUACAAUUAUUUAAUCGAUCAACUUGGUUACCUCUAUUUUCAAAUAUUGGUAUUCCAAUUAUGUGGGCUUAUUUAAUUUGCAAUGUAUUAACACAAUAUUUUUGUAUACGAUCUGUGUUUAUAUUAACAACAGAAUGUCCAUCAUUAAUUGUAACAUUAGUACUAACAUUAAGAAAAUUUAUUAGUUUACUUUUUUCAAUAAUUUAUUUUCAAAAUGAUUUUACAUUAUAUCAUUGUAUUGGUGCUGCAUCUGUUUUUCUAGGAACAUUUCUAUUUAGUAAUUUACAUACAGAAAUUUAUAAUUAUUUUAAUCGACCACAUAAUCAUGUGGAAUAA